UUCUUUGAUUUUAAAAGUUUUUUAUAGACUGUAAACCGAUUUCUACUUCUGCUGUGCGUGACGUCACUUGCAAGGCUUCAAGAUGAAUUACGGAAGGAAAACGCCCUCCACAUAUCGCUCCAAUCCCUCGGUGUACUCCCAUGCCACGGGAAGAUCCUCGACAAAUCUGCAUUCCAAGAUGUCGCGUUCGACGCGGUCUGUGCGGAUUCCUUGGUACCAGCGGCCGCUGCUCAAAAACAAUCAGUAUAUUGAUAUACAAAAGGGUGCCAUGCUCAUUGGCUUAUUUGCCAUUUUCCUUUCACUGUUUACCAUUGCCUCGAGCGUCUUUGAUAUCUACUGCUAUGCGAUGGCCGCACCUGGGUCCACGCAUUAUGGGUACUAUAUCAUAUCGUAUGAGUUUGUCUAUGUGGGAAAUAAGCAUGUGCGCAACAUGUUGAUUGUGUUUGCCCUGUUCUCCCUGAUCAUGGCACUCAUUAACUUUGUGACCAGCGUGCUGCUGUGCGUGGCCCUCCGAAAGGAAUACGAGCGGAAGGUGAUGCCCUGGCUGUGGACCUUUGCCGUGUUCACGGUCUGGCGCGCCCUGGCGCUGAUCUUCUUUGCCAUUGUCAAUGACUUGUACUUUGCCUACAAUGUAAUAAUGGUGAUGCUGUGGAGCAUCUUCUGUUUGCUCUCGAUAUAUGGCUGGGCCGUGGUCUAUUCGCUGUUCCUGGAACUGGUGGAUCUCACCAAACUAGAGGAUUUGGCUCAUUUACGCAUGGGUACAAUGGCGUCGCUGCAUGCCUCCACAGCUAAUUCCCUCGCUGGUUCACGUCCCACAACUCCUCAUAGCACCGUAUCCACAAUGCCCGUUGGCUAGGAAUCGUAUUCUCUAUAUGAGAUAGAUCACAACGAAAUUGCACAAACCAGACCGUCCAAAAGCUGCACCAGACUAUCCCCGAUGCGCUUUGUUUCCACCAACAUUUAAAUAUUUAAACGAUUGUACAUUCCAUCCACCAGUAUAGUGCCUUAGAGAUGCGUCUAUCGAAUACCACAAAUUAUUUACACGAAUCUGCAUAAAUAGUUCUUAAGUUUUGUUCCGUCCAACCGAUGCAAGAUGCAAUGUUUUUCUAAUGCUUUUCUAUAUUGUUAAAGAAUCUCUCUGCCUUUAUGUAUGACAACAUAUCAUGUUUUUUAUAUACAUAUACUAUGUACAACCCGAAUAGUAGCUAUAUUUGUACCGAAAGUAGUACUUUCGACAAGCG